AUGGCUGCCGCAACCCUCAAAAAGGGCGUCCAGGUCCUGGACCACAGAACGGCACCUGAAGUCCUGGCCGAGUAUAACCGCAGCGAUGGGCUCGACAUCCAUGAGCUAAUGGACACGGCCAAGCAUGGCGGCCUCACCUACAAUGACUUCCUUCUGCUGCCGGGCUAUAUUGGCUUCCCUGCCUCAGAAGUCUCGUUGGACUCGCCCAUCACGCGUCGCAUCACCCUCAAGACGCCGUUCGUCUCGUCGCCCAUGGACACGGUGACGGAGCACGAGAUGGCCAUCCACAUGGCGCUGCAAGGUGGUCUAGGUGUCAUCCACCACAACUGCUCGCCAAGUGCCCAGGCCGACAUGAUCCGCAAGGUCAAGCGCUACGAGAACGGCUUCAUCCUCGAUCCCGUCGUCAUCCACCGCAGCCUCACCGUUGGCGAGGCAAAAGCCCUCAAGGAGAAAUGGGGAUUUGGCGGUUUCCCUGUCACUGAAACCGGCAAGUUGGGCUCCAAGCUCCUCGGAAUUCUGACCAACCGAGACCUCCAGUUUGAGGAGGACAAUGAUGUGCCUGUCUCGAGCGUUAUGGUGACCGACCUCAUCACUGCGCCCGAUGGCGUCACUCUCGGCGAAGCCAACAAGAUCCUCGCCAAGUCCAAAAAAGGGAAGCUGCCCAUCGUUGACAAGGACUUUAACCUUGUUUCGAUGAUCUCCCGCUCCGAUUUGACUAAGAACCAGCAUUUCCCCUUGGCGUCGAAGCUGCCUGACAGCAAACAGCUGAUAUGCGCCGCUGCCAUUGGCACUCGUCCCGAAGACAAGAUACGGUUGAAGGGGCUCGUCGAUGCCGGUCUGGACAUCGUCAUCCUCGACAGCUCUCAAGGCAACAGCAUGUACCAGGUUGAAAUGAUCAAGUGGAUCAAAGAUACGUUCCCCAACUUGGACGUGAUCGGUGGAAACGUCGUGACGCGCGAGCAGGCUGCCUCCCUCAUCGCCGCUGGCGUCGACGGUCUUCGAAUCGGCAUGGGGAGCGGCUCCGCCUGCAUUACGCAGGAGGUUAUGGCUGUCGGGCGUCCCCAGGCUGCUGCCGUCUACAACGUUAGUCAUUUCGCUGCCCGCUUUGGCGUUCCGUGCAUCGCAGAUGGCGGCGUGCAAAACGUGGGCCAUAUUGUCAAGGGCCUGUCCCUGGGCGCCUCCACCGUCAUGAUGGGCGGCCUUCUGGCAGGCACCACCGAAUCCCCAGGCACUUCGUUCGUCUCACGGGAGGGAAAGCUGGUCAAGGCGUACCGCGGCAUGGGCAGCAUCGACGCCAUGCAGGACAAGAAGGCCGGCGGCGGCGGCAAGGAUAGCCAGAAGAGCAACGCCGGCACCGCGAGAUACUUUUCCGAGGGCGAUAGCGUCCUCGUCGCUCAAGGCGUAUCGGGUUCGGUGGCCCACCGCGGCUCCAUUAACAAGUUCGUGCCGUACCUGGCUGCUGGGCUGAAGCACUCGAUGCAAGACUGCGGCAUGACGAGCCUGGCUGAGCUGCACGAGAAGACCGUUGAUGGAACAGUUCGCUUUGAGCUGCGCACGUCAAGCGCUCAGCUUGAAGGCAACGUCAACAUGGAGGCUUACGAGAAAAAGCUCUACGCAUAA